AGCUGGUCACACUGGGCAACGGGAGUAAUCUGCGGGAGCACAGGCUCCAAUUUUGAUGCCAAAGGAAUGUGCUCGGCGAAAAACAAAAAGGCAAACAAGAAUCGCACAUUCGUCGGGAAAACUGCAGUCAAUGUCUGGGCCAUAAAAUGAGCAAUUAAGCCGCAAUAGAUGGGCGUCCAUUUCUCUGAGUGCAGGGCUCAGUCAUCGCAGCCUUUUCGCCUUGGCCACGAACACACGUCUCAUUUGAACGCGAAACGCCGAGGCAAACGGACGCGCAGUCGCUCGUCGCAGUGGUUAUUGAAUUCGAGUUUCGUACUUUCGAGCGCGCGUAUUGAAAUCCAAGUGAGCGAUCGUGUGAACAGUGAUAUAAAGUGCACCGCAUAUGCGGGAUAGAGAUACCUAACCUAGUGCCACACGAAAGUUGAAGUAAUACCAGCAGGAUAUCUACUCAGUUGGCAGUGAAAAGCGUGGUGAAGUGUUCGGUCAUAAUGAGUGUGUGAGCGAGGACAAGCUGACAAACUGAAUGCGAUAAGGUUACAGAUGCCCUAAGCACACAGGCACUGGCCCACCGCACACAAGGAUUCCCGGGGUCCUGGUGACAUGUAACUGGAUCCGGAUCUGGAUACAUGUUGGCUCCUAAGACAACAGCCCGCUCCUUUGCCUAUCGUCUGGCCGCACUGCAGAAACGGGAGCAACAAAAGCGAGACACCGGAUCGUAUUCACCACGUGAACAAAGCGAGUGUGCGGCUAAUGCUAAUGCCAGCUCCUUCAGCUAGCUCGCCACAUCGCCAGCAGCAGCAACAACAAUUGCAGGUGCCCCUGCAGGUGCAUCAGUUGCACAGGAAGCGCCGGACAAAGGGACACCUACACCACCUUCACCAUCUCCACCACGAAACGACAGGUCAACUGACAGCGAAGCAUGGCGGUGAUUAAUAAAGCCGGAAAUGUGAUUGCCCUCCUGCUGGUUAAGCUUCAGCUAAUCCUUCUGUUCACGCUGUCAGUUUCCGGAGAGUUGCCGCAGCUGGACUACGGCAGCUUGUCCGCCUCCCUGGAGGAGGAUGCGAUUGACCCACUCACGGCGAUGGCACCCUUCGCCAACUCCCUGGUCACCGAAGAGUCGGCGCCGCACAAGAACAACGCGGAGCUGCUCGGCAAUAGCAGUGAGGAUGAGAAUGCCAGACCGCAGCAAGGGUCCUCUGGAUUGGGAUCAUCCGGAGCGGCAGGUGGAUCGGGCAUACUGCUUGAGGAGUUCAACAGCGGCAAACUGAGUCCCGGAGAGGCGAGUAAUACGCUGCCCAUAUUCCUCAUCGAGCCGGAGAGCGUGUUCGUGGUCAAGAACCGGCCGGCGGUGCUCAAGUGCAAGGCCUCCCACUCACUGCAGGUGAUCUUCAAGUGCAGCGGCAGUUCGCAACCACCGCCGUCUACGCACGAAACUCACGUGGAUCCGCACACGGGGGUCAACAUGGAGGAGGUCACUGCCACCAUCCACCGCGACUUGGUCGACGAGUUCUUCGGCGACGGACCCUUCAAGUGCGAGUGCCACGCGUGGUCGUCGCGUGGCGUGGUCAAGAGCCAGGCGGCCACAGUGCACAUUGCUUAUAUUCGCAAGUCCUUCAACCAGUCGCCGACCUCGCUGCGCCUGGAGCUGGGCAGUCGGGCGGAACUGCGCUGCGAACCACCCGGCGGUUUCCCCGAACCGAAGCUCACCUGGCACAAGAACAACGCGGUCAUCACGGCGGACAGCGAGCCGGGGAUCACCGUUUCGGCCGGCACACUCAUCUUCCGCCAGGUGGCCCUGCAGCAUAUGGCCAACUAUAGCUGCAGUGCGGAGAAUAUCGCCGGCAGACGCGUCUCCGAUUCCGCCGUUCUCAUCGUUUAUGUCAACGGUGGCUGGAGCACGUGGAGUCCAUGGCGCGAGUGCAAGUGUGCGGGCAAGCCCAGCCAGGGAAGGAAACGUUCGCGCACCUGCAACAAUCCGAUGCCAUUGAAUGGGGGCGCCCAGUGUCCGGGCCCCCAGAUCCAGAAGUCCGCCGACUGCGCCGCAUGUCCAGAGGACACUCAAAUCGUGAGCCCUGAUGGAUUUGACAUUUCGUCGAGUAAGCGCAUGGCCCGCUGGUCGGCGUGGAGUGACUGGAGCAUCUGCUCCGCGGAGUGCAUUCAAGUGCGUCGCCGGAAGUGCCUGACUCAGGGCCAGACUCAGAUUUCCUCCGAGGCGGAGGAAGCCGGUGAUCUGCUCCUGGGAGCUCCCGGGGUGGGCAUGGCCGCCCUCAUCGCCGCAGCAGGAGUGGGCGCAGUAGGAAGCCCCAGCGAAGCGACUGGCUCCAGUUCCGACAUUAUCCCGGGAUAUGGCAAAUCAUUGUGCGCCGGAAAAGACAUACAAACGGCCGAAUGCCGCGGCGAACAGUGCCAGAUUGGCAAGGAUGAUUUCGAUUGGACCCUCUAUCUGGGAUUGGCCUUCAUAACGGCGGUGUGCUUCGCCUUCGGGACCGCACUGAUCUGCUGCGCUCGUCGUGGCAUCCGCACCAAUCCCCAUUACAACAUGGCCCGUUCAGUAAUGGACGCGGAUUAUAUGCCCGGCGUUGUGGAGAAGAAGGAGAUGCGCAUGCAUAUCGAGGCCAGCAACAUGGGAUACGAUUACGUCAAUCCCGGACAUCGUUAUUUGCCCGGCGAGCACAUCAUGGGCAUGGGCAUCGGCUGUGGAGGCGUCACCGAGCACCACUACGACGUGCCCAAUCUGUCCGCCAACUACACCAAUCCAAUAGAUCAUCUGAGCGUGGACUAUCUGUCUGAGACCGGGGAAUCCUCCACAGCUGAUACCUCGAACUCAACGUUCGAUAUGAACGGAAAGUUGUCCAUACUCAACGCCUCGAAGAGCAGCACAUACGAGCUGCUGGGAAGCGCAGGAGGACAGCUCCGCCUCUAUGGCGGCGAGCUGCUGCUCUUUGUCCCGGAGCACGCCAUCGGAAAGCACGUCAAGAAGCACGUAUCCUUGCUGCUGCUGAGCGACGAGUGCAGUCGAGUGUCCUGCGCCACCGAGAGCUCCAUUCUGUGCAGCAGUGUGGUUCAUAGUGCCCCGCGAAACUACAGCUUCGUGAAACCAGUGAUCCUGAAGAUUCCCCACUGUCUGGUGGCUCCGGAGCAGUGGCAUGUUCACAUCUACCACGCGGACAGCGAACACGACGAGCUGAGUGUCAACUGGCGACGGGCAGUUUCCGUCGGCGAGGAAACCAUCAACACACCCAUGUUCGUACAGCUGGAGGCGACGCAUGUGUUCAUUAUGACUGAGCAACUGGGUCACUUCACCGUGGUGGCGGAGCCGAGGAUUCAACAGCCCUCGAUCAAGAUGAAGCUGCUGGCCUUCAGUCAACACACGCCACCCAGCAAUGCAAACUGCAGCUUGCGGAUUUACGUGGUCAAGGACUUCCCCAAUAGCCGGGAUAUCUGCGCCAAUGUGGAGGCCAAGCUGGGUGGCAGUUUUCUUGGCGAGAGCCAGGUCUUUGCGUUCACGCUGAAUAGCCGAAAUCUGAACAUCCGGGUGAGAAGCGCGGAUGUCGAGGCAGCAGCUCCCUACGAACAUGCCAUACCCUACCAGCACAUCCUCAGCAACAACUCCAUUCUGCACUGCGAGUUUAGCUUGAGGAGGCAGGAUCAGAACACCCUGUGCGUGGACUUUGGCCAGGGCAGCGAGGACGACUACUACACCUUUAACAUUCCAGCGCACUCUAUGAGCGGAUCGGCAGAGGAACUGGCCUCCACUACGAAUACCACCAUCUCAAUUGACCGCCAGGGCAACUAUGUAAACGAGAGCUGUGUGAUGGACUUUGUCCAGCUGCCGCACGCCACGAAGCGUUUGAUCUGCAGCGCCUUGGAUCCUCCACGGGCGGACGAGCGGGAUUGGAGAUUACUGGCCAAAAAGCUGAAUACGGACCGGUAUAUUGCCUACUUUGCCACCAAAGCCUCGCCCACCGAACAGAUCCUGAAUCUGUGGGAGUGCCGAGCGAAUAGCAGUCCUGGUAGUAGUUCCAACUCAGUUUCACAUACGAUAAUGGCGCUCCUGCUGACGCUUAAGGAGAUGGGACGUCAGGAUGUGCUAGACAUCAUAGUUGAAACCAUAGGCCCCCUGUGGAUUUAAGGCACGUUCCCUUCAUACGCUAUAUUACAAAGAUAUUUAACGGAAGUAAAACAUGAAUUUUGUAUUUCGGAAACUAACAGAAAAAGCUUUAAGGGUCAACAUUUUGAAAUUCCAUUCCGCAAAAACGGAAACGAAAAGGGUGUGUUGAAAUCCUAUCAAACUAAGCGUUCAAUGUAUCCGUUGAGUUUUUAAAAGUUUUGCCAGUUUCACCUACCUUCACCCUGUUUCCAGUGACAAAUCACUAUUUGUUUCCAAAGAUAACUUAUCCAACAAACAAGUAACACCUAAGAACUGAACCACCUGCAAAGUUUGUUAAAGUGAGAUGGGGGAAAUCAGCGUGAGGCUCAUGGCCCCUUGUUGUUAAAAACAAAAAAUGUUCAUGAGUUGCCUUUUAUUUACAAAAUGUAUGAACGACGCGAACGAAAAACGAAACGAAAUGUGGAACGAAACUGGAAUCGAAAUGAAAAGAAUAUUGAAUCAAAGUGUAGCUGUAGUCAUAGUCACUAAGUUACUGUAGUGUUGUGUUCUAAGGUAACUUGCUCAACGAACUUUGUUCCCUAUGGGUGCCAUGCAUUUUAUACACUAAACAGGAAGAAUGUAGCGUUUAAUUAUACUUGUGGCUUAGCAAACUUAUAGUUUUAAACACAUAACUCUAGCAUUACGAUAAAAAAAACUGUUUGUGUACGAUACGACAGCUGUAAGAUACGAGUUCACAUGGGGCAGUAGGCCAAAAUACAUAGAGUAAGUGAUGGCCAACUACGAAAGACAACCGACAAACAUUUUAAUUCAAAUGCGGUAGUUGUAAACUGUUUGCCAAAUCGUUGAAUUUCUCAGCCGACUCUAGGUACGAAUAGUCACUAAAGAAGAGGAGCAUUUAGUAAUCAAAACUAAGCCAUAGCACACAUAUACCCUAAAGUAUGUAGCCUCUCAAAUUAUAUAUAUAGCGUACCCAUAUAUGUUUAUAUAGUGUAACAUCUAGUAAUAGUUAUAAAACAAAACAACAAAACGAGUAGUUUGUUAGACAUACUCAAGUGAUAACCUUUGUAUUUGUCUUUAGUUGUAAGUCUGAUCCUGUCGUUUAAUCGUUAAUCAAGUAAGCAUUUACAGAACAAUGACGUAUACUUAGUGGCUCAAACGAAAAGUUAAAUAAAAUUAAAACUGCAACAAUAA